AGAAAUCUGCCAAUGCCUGGAGCCGUUUAUGUGGGUGUUUUUUCCACUAAGCUAUGUCUGAUGAACAUUCAGUCCGACUGUAGCGAAAAGGGAUAGUAAGUUCACAGAAAGAGAAGCAAACACAGAGUUAGCCCAGAUGCUUAGUAAGACUGGUUGGUAGGCUAUGUUUGACGUGCAAUUCGUUUGUGUAGUGGCAAGGCUUCUAUCAUGAUCAUACGAACUGCAGAGUGUGGGUGUACUAUUGAUUAUUGAGCUACUGUUAUGAAAAGUUGCGACGGUUAAUUCGAUUUCGCUCAGGGUUUUCGAAGGUUGUCUUUGUUUUUUUUUUCAUUUUGAACUGUAGCCUAAAAGAUGACUGGAAUUAUCACCACCUAACGUUAAGUGACGACAGUGAGAUGUCUUCUCCAAUAACUAACAGUUUAUCACUUGCAUAUCUCAACCCAGGAUUAGUCGAACAAGUGUCCCGUCUUGAAAUGACCUUCUUUUUUUUUUACCGAAGCACAACUGAUACAUUUGGAUAUUGACGGGAUGUAGACAGUCUCUGAUGGUGUCUGUUUUCAUAUCAAGACUAGUGAGUGCAGUGACCCCUUUAAGAGACGUCAGCAUGUGCACAUGAAAUUCUGGCGCGAGAUUGUUAGAGGCUUCCUCAACUUCCUGAAGUCUUUCAAGAAAGCUGUUUACGGUUUUACGUUAGAUAAUUAUUAAAUCGGGCCAAAGAGUUGGUUGUGUCGACUUGAUACCAUCGUCAUUUGAAGACCAUAGAAAAAAGAAAGCCAUUAAGGCUUACGUCUCCGUCUGGUUUGAAACAGCUCAGCUGUUGAGAAUCAGAUUGGGACCCAGGGCAUCCCUCAGUAAGGCUGGUGCUAUAUGGACUUGUACAUGAUGAACUGUGAGCUGUUGGCUACGUGCAGUGCCUUGGGCUACCUGGAGGGAGACACCUACCACCGGGAACCCGACUGUUUAGAGAGUGUGAAGGAUCUGAUUCGCUACCUGCGGCAUGAGGAUGACACGCGGGACAUCCGCCAGCAGCUUGGCGCAGCUCAGAUCCUGCAGAAUGACCUUCUGCCAAUCAUCGCACAGCACGGUCAGGACAAGCCGCUGUUUGACGCUUGCAUCAGGCUUAUGGUGAACCUUACCCAGCCUGCACUGCUCUGCUUUGGCAAAGUCCCAGAUGAUCCCACAUUCAGACAUCAUUUCCUCCAGGUGGUGUCAUACCUACAGGCUUAUAAAGAGGCUUUUGCCAGUGAGAAGGUUUUCGGUGUCCUGAGUGAGACGCUCUACAACCUACUUCAGUUGGACUGGGAACAGCGUCAGGAGGAGGACAACCUGCUGGUAGAGCGGAUAAUACUGCUGGUCAGGAAUGUCCUGCACAUCCCUACUGACCCCUAUGAGGAAAAGAAUGUGGACGACGACGCGAGCGUCCACGACAAGCUGCUGUGGGCCAUCCAUCUGAGCGGCUUUGACGACCUGCUCAAGUUCCUGGCCAGUGCCCAGAGCGAGCAGCAGUGGAGCAUGCACGUUCUGGAGGUCAUCUCUCUCAUGUUCCGCGACCAGGCCCCAGAGGUGCUGGCGAAAGCUGGUCAGACGCGGUCAUCACAGGAGAAGCAGAAGGACGCCCAGGAGCUGGAGGCUCUCCGAGCCAAAGAACAGGCAGAGAAACACACACGCACCAUGCAGAGAGGCUCCAGACACUCCCGUUUCCGAGGCUCUUAUGUGGUGGAGGGACUGAGGUCCAUCGGGGAGAAGGACGUAAUCUUUCACCAGGGUUUGCACAAUUUUAAGAACUACUCUCAUGAUGUGGGUAAGGCUGUGCGCCGUGUGCCCAAGAGGAAGCAGAUGGCAAAGGACACGGAGACUAAACGCCGCUCCGCCCUCAACGUGCGCCUCUUCCUGCGUGAGUUCUGCCUCGACUUCCUGGAGAACUGCUACAACCACCUCAUGUACCUGGUCAAGGAGAAUCUGCUACGGGAGCAAGCCCAGCAGCAUGAUGAGACUUACUAUCUGUGGGCCCUCAACUUCUUCAUGGCCUUCAACCGCUUAAAUGGCUUCCAGCCGGACCUUGUCUCUGAGACCCUUUCUAUCCGCGCUUUCCAUUUCAUUGAGAAGAACAUCACCAACUACUAUGAGAUGAUGCUCAUGGACCGCAAAGAGGCCACCUCCUGGUCACGCAGGAUGCACCUGGCCCUGAAGGCAUACCAGGAGCUGCUGUUGACUCUUAGUGAGAUGGACAGAUCUAAGGAUGAAAACGUCCGCCAGAGCGCCAACGUCAUCAAAAGUAAUAUCUUCUACAUGAUGGAGUACCGGGAGAUCUUCCUCACAUUGUUGCGCAAGUUUGAUGAGCGGUCACAGCCACGCUCCUUCCUGCGAGACCUGGUGGAGUCCACACACCUGUUCCUGCGCAUGCUGGAGCGAUUCUGCACCGGCCGCAACAACCUCAUGGUGCAGAAAAAGAGGGUGAAGCGCAGGAAGAAGAGUCAGAAGAAGCAGGCGGCUCAGGAGAACACACCAGAGGCUCUGGAGGAAGCCUGGCAGAUCGUCUCACAGGACCUCAGAGCAGCAAGCUUCCAGUUACCCUCCUCCCUGGCAGAGGGCGCUGUGCCCUUUGAUGCGGCAUCAGAAACCCCAUUGGAAGAGCAGCGCACAGAGGCCAUGGUGCGCAUCCAGGAUGCCCUGAUUGGCCGCCAAGGCCCUGAGGCCCUCAGCCUGCUCCGUGCUGCCAGAGAGGUAUGGCCUGAGGGAGACGUGUUUGGUGCCACUGAUGUGGAACCUGACGAAGAGCUGGACUUGCUCAAGCAGAUUCUCUUUGUCAACCUACCCAGGCCAGCUGCACCGGAGAACGCCAUGGAGGAGGAGGACGAGAAGGAGGAAGAGGAGGAGGAGCUGGAGUCAGUGAGGGUGUCGGAAACAGAGUUCAAUUUUCUGGAGUUUAUCAAACGGUUUGCCAGCCCUGCCAUUGUGCGCCCGUACAUGCUGCUGCUGCGCUCGUACUCCCAGAACACGCCUCACACCAACCACUGCGUCGCCCGCAUGCUCCACCGCAUCGCCGUCGACCUCAAGAUGGAGCCGCUGCUCUUCCAGCUCUCCGUCUUCUGCCUCUUCAACAAGAUCCUCGGAGACCCAGCAGCCACUGUCUAUAAGGAGCUGGUCACUUUCGCCAAGUAUGUCCUGAAACGCUUCUUUAUACUGGCAACACGGAACAACAAGGCCUACGUUGAGCUGCUGUUCUGGAAGAGUGUGGGUGCUGUUCGGGAGAUGACUGAAGGAUACUCUAACGAUGGGGAGGGGGCAAAGAAAAAGACCAAAUGGACUCCAGAGGAGGAAGAGGAGCUGCACAGACUGUAUGAAGAGCACAAGGACUCUGGAGUUCCUGACAUUGUAGAGACUCUCCUGCCGUUACUCAGCAACACAGACCGUACCCGUCGCCAGGUCGUAACCCAUAUGGUUGCCAUGGGUCUUGUGGACAGUGUGAAGGACCUGAAAAAAGAAAAGAAAGGCACGCGUAUUGUGCUGUGGACUGAGGACCAGGAGGAAGAGCUGUCAAGGUUGUUUGAAGACCACAAGAGCUCUGAUGAUAUACUGGGGAACAUUCUAAAGCGGUUGACGGCGAAGCGCUCCCGAGCUCGCGUGGUAGACAAGCUGCUCAGCCUGGGCCUGGUGGGCGACCGCAAGGAGCUCUACAAGAAGAGACGACGCCAGGCCCCUGGGAAGAGCGCUGGAAUGACUGAGGAGGACUUCUUUGCUGACUUGAGUGGAGAACCAAGGGAGGACGGCCUGGAGAAAGACGAAGAUGAUGAGGAGGAGGUGGAAGAAGAUAACUCGGAUGAGGAGGAAGAGCCAAGCGAAGAGGAGGAAGAGGUGGAGAGCAGGGUGUCGGCAGCCCAGAAGAAGAGAGGCAGAAGUAAAGGGAGCUCAGGGGAGAGAAAUGUCCACGUGGAGAGCAUGGUCAGAAGCUUACAGCAGGAGGGCCUGUCAGGACCCCUUUUGUGGCUUCAGAACUGCCUGAACAGAACAGCAAAUGACCGUGCGGAGGAUGGAACUUCUCAUGCUGUACCUCUGGUGCCUCUGACUGAGGAGAACGAGGACGCCAUGGACAACCGAAGUUUCCAGAAGCUUCUAAGAAAAGUGGGCAUCCGUGCACCCGCUGAUGAGCAGGAAUCUUUCUGGAGAAUCCCAGCCACCAUAAGCGUAAACCAGCUUAGGGGGGCAGCCUCAUCGUUGUGCCCCUCAGAGGAGCCUCCAGCGGGGGCAGGGGAGCAGGCUGAGAGGCCUGAAUCUCCGGAGCCUCAGGACGAGGCCACAUCCCACGAGCAGAGAGCUCAGGCCCUGAGAGCACUGCUGCUCGCCCGCAAUAGGAAACACCCGUCCACUGGCACAACAGAAUCCCCCACAGCUGAGCCUAUGUCUGCCAGUGACCAACAGCAGGGGGCAGGAGAGGGCAGAUCUGGUGGUAAAAGAAGUCGGAUGUUGGACAGUGAUGAUGAUGAGAGAGACGAGGACUCCUCUUCCAAGAUGGAGGUGGGGGAUGAGAUCAGGGCUGGCGAUUCAGACGGCGAGGAACAUUCUGCCCCUGCCAAGCGCAGACGGCACCGGGUGCUGAGUGAUGAUGAGGAUGACUAAAACUAAAACUUGCAGUAUAAAGCAGGAAAACUCGGGCGAGACGACCCUCAAACCUCGCACUGUACGAGUUGAAGCGGUUGUAAUGUUGGAGCUACCUCUCCAUUGUUGACCAAAUCAUUUGAAGUCUUCAAGUGUGUUAUGUGGUUCAUUCUGUUCUGAGUUCUGAGCCUCGCCAGGAUAGAAACUUGACUAGGAACAUACCAACUCUAGUGCCUGAAGUAACCAAUGAUGGUGGAUGCUGGCAGAGAUUUGCGUCUCUAUUGUAAUGUUGAGUUUGCGUAUUCAUUUAGCUGUUUUUUUGCUUUUUUCCACAUUACUGUCUUGGGUUGGUAAAUGAUCAUUGAUUUGUGUGAGGAGGAUAACAUAGCAGAACACACACACACACACACACACACAAACCAACACUAAUGCAGUUACUCUGAGACAGGAAUGUUGGUUAAAAAUAUUGAAUAAUGCUAGUCGGUGUAUUUGUUCUGUUUCAUUGUUUUGUGUAACAUUUUCUUCCAUGUGUUUGCCCCAUGUUAUUUGUGUGUUGUGUUUUAGGUCUGUAGUCCAUUCUUCAAGACAAAACACCUUGGAUGGUGACUCCAAAGUGUUUUGUCCACAAGUUGGCCAAUUUUACUUGGUUCCUUGAACAAAUGAGAUUAUUGACAGGAAACAUGUUGUAAUCCAACUAUACUUUUUUUUUGUAGAAAGCUGUAGAUCUUAAGCUUCAUGAAUGUCAGGUUAAGAAUAGGUUCCAUGUUCUGAAACUGUGCAUGAUGAUAAAAUAAAUAAAGUAAUACUGUG